AGUUAAUCAAUUAUAAUAAUUUAAUUUACAUAUUCAUUUCUAAUUAUUUAAUUUACAAAAUCUAAAUUAGACUAUAAUAAAAAGAUUGAUAUAAGUUAACAAAAUCAAAUUAUUUUGAUCAAGAAUAGUAGAUUUUAUUUUACAAAUUAUGGAAGAAAGUCUAAAUGUCUAAUACUUGCAUUUCUAAUGACAAUAAAUUGGAAACAAUUAGCAACACUUGAUAACCCGAGCAGGAGAAACAACAUGAAUAGCAGCCGACUUGGAGCUGCAAGUCCCCAUGGCGCUAGUCCUCGUGAAAGAAACAAUCGAAACCAAAGCCGAUUUCAUCGCCCUCACAACCACUUUCCUCAGCUUCUCCGACCUUGUUUUCGCCGAGGAAGGUUCCAGCUUGUAGCUUUGAAGGAAAACCAAUCGCCGCCUCGCCCUUUCUCGCCUAUAGCUCAAAGAGCUCGACACCACGGCGGUGCUACUGCGGCGGCUCCUCAGCUGAUUCUUCGAAAAAGUUCUCCAGCCGCCGCCGCCGGGCUCUUCCUCGGGCCUAAUUUGGAUUUGAUCAAACGGCUCGUAGCAAUCGGCUCUUCUGCUAAAACGCAAUGUGCUGCUUUUUAGUAGAGACUCCAUUAUCUGUAUGAUUCUGCCCCAGCUUAACCUUUGCUUGAUAGUGGGUG